AUGCUUAAGCUGAAAUACCUUUCAAUAGAAAGACUAGCUAGUGUCCAUGGAGUAGAUAGUUCAAUUGACUCUAAUAUGGAGCUUCAAAGGGUAGGCAGUGUAAAUAGGAAAGUAAAGAUGACAAUUUAUUUGCAGUAUAUAUGAAGAAUUAUGCUCUUUUUUAUAAUUGCUGCUUCUUAUUACUUGCUUAUAUACUGCUAUUUGUAUCCUAUAUGUGAAUCCUCAAUGUUAUAUCGCCCACAUCUUCUAAUUCCCCCCCUCUGUGAGCGAACAAAAAUUUUUUUGUUCGCUCACAGAGGGGGUUAAUUUUUUUUUAACAAUUUUAUAUAUUAAUUUUAAAAAUAAAAUUUUUUUUGGAGUUUAAAAACAUCCCACUUCUCGAAAAUUGGAAGGAAUAUUAAUUUAAUUUGCAAAAUUUAUGUUUUAAAACGCAAUUUGUUUGAAAUUAAACAGAAUUAGCUCGAGAUUUCAUGAUACUAGUUAUCACUUAAAUACCAAAAUUUUUUUCCAUAAAAAAUUUUUCUAUAAAAAAAUUUUUGUUUGCGGAGGGUAGAUUUUUGGGCAAAAAAUAGAUUUUUCUAAUGGUUUUGCUAGCUCACGGAGGGGGGAGUAAGCAAUUUUAUUUCAAGGCGCUUAUUGGUAGUCCGUCUUUCUUUAAUUUCAAAAGAAAUUUACUAUAACUACAAUUAUCAAAAAAUCCCAGAACUUUACCCCUUUAAAAAUUCAGUAGCUGCCCAAGACGCAAUGAUAGGACUAUUAAAAUUACAAAACAAAGAAAUACGGCAUGAGAAAUACGCAAUUUUGAUGUCAAGCGAUCUGCGAGAAAGAGUAUAUGAGACCAUUGACUCACAAUUGGCGACCUUAAAACAAGGGUCUGAAGCUUCAACUGCUGACUUGAUGUUUGACAUUGAGACAUUGAUUUAUUGAGUCCCCUCUAUUAUUGAUAUUAAGAAAUUUGAUUAUCAAGUUGAUUUACUGCUAAACGAAAUCGCAGAAGAAUUCAAACUGGCUGAUAAAGACUCAAUUGAUGUGAUCAACAGGCAGUUAGACACCAUUGUGAAUACUACAGUGAUUUAUUCAAUAGCUGUAUGUGCACUUUUUUUCUUGUAUUAUUUGCCUUACUUAAAUUACCAAAUAGGGCAGUUGAAAAGGUUUUCGGUAUUACCAUCAAUUUUGCCAGCUGAUUUGGAUCAUGGAAGGCUUUAUUAG